AUGGUCUCGUUCAAGUCCCUCUUCACCUCGGCCCUCCUGGCCAGCUCCGCCCUCGCCGCUCCUCACGGCCACACGCACACGAAGCUGCAUCAGAACCUCGACCCCGUCAAGCGCUCCACCAACGGCACCUCCAAGCGCGGCGCCGCCUACAACGACGCCUCGCUGGUCCAGCACCUCGCCUCAACCGGCACCGUCUCUUGGGCCUAUGACUGGAACAUGUACACAAUGGGCGACCUCCCCGGCACCGUCGAGUUCGUCCCCAUGCUCUGGGGCAGCAAGAUGUUCACGGGCUGGUUCGCCGCCAUCCAGACGCUCCUGAACUCCGGAAACAAGUACAUCCUCGGCUUCAACGAGCCGGACAUGGCCUCUCAGGCCGCCAUGUCCUCGUCCGACGCCGCCGGCUACUACCGCAACUACAUCACCACCUUCGCCGGCAAGUCGAAGCUUGUCUCGCCGGCUGUGACAAAUGGUGUUGGCAGCGACGUGGGUCUCGACUGGAUGCGCAACUUCCUGAACUCCUGCACGGAUUGCGGCGUCGAGGCCCUUGCCGUGCAUUGGUACGGUGAUAGCGCGGACGACUUCAAGACAUUCGUCGGCAAGGCCACCGCCCUUGCGGACGAGUUCAACAUCGGCGAGACCUGGGUUACGGAGUUCGCGCUUAACUCGGAUCUCUCGGGGUCUGGGGGCUCGAGUACCUCUGCCGACUUCCUGACCGAGGUGCUGCCUUGGUUGGAUGCUCAGGAGAAGGUCGGGCGCUAUGCUUACUUCAUGUGCUCGGAUGGCCACCUGCUCAGCGGCAGUGGGCUGAGUCUGAGCGGGAAGGCUUACGUUGCGUAG